AUGCAAUUACACUAUUAAUUAGUUUGAACCAAGAACUUAUACAUGGAUCAAGUAGAAGGCAAAGUUUGUGUAACAGGUGCUUCUGGGUUUUUGGCUUCUUGGCUUAUCAAGCGACUGCUAUUAUCAGGAUACCAAGUCAUUGGAACAGUAAGAGAUCCAGGAAAUGAGAAGCAAUUAGCUCACUUGUGGAAGUUAGAAGGAGCUUCUGAGAGACUUCAAUUAGUGAAAGCUGACUUAAUGGAAAUAGGCAGCUUUGAUGAUGCAAUAUUUGGCUGCCAUGGUGUAUUUCACACUGCCUCCCCUGUGCUCAAACCCUCCUCUGAUCCAAAGGCAGAAAUCUUGGAACCGGCUGUAAAAGGCACGUUGAAUGUAUUGAAUUCUUGCGCAAAAAAUCCAUCUCUAAAGCGUGUAAUUCUGACCUCAUCGUCAUCAACUGUAAGAGUUAGAGAUGAUUUUGAGCCCACAGUACCUUUUGACGAGUCGUCUUGGAGCUCUGUUGAACUUUGCGAGACACUGCAGCUAUGGUAUCCUUUAUCAAAAACACUAGCUGAAAGAGCUGCAUGGGAUUUCUGCAACAAAAAUGGGAUUCAUUUGAUAACUGUUCUUCCUUCCUUCGUGAUCGGUCCUAGUUUGCCAACUCAAUUGUGUUCUACUGCAUCUGAUGUUCUUGGCCUGCUUCGAGGGGAAACUGAGAAAUUCAAGUGGCAUGGAAGGAUGGGGUAUGUUCACAUAGAUGAUGUGGCACUUUGCCAUAUCCUUGUUUAUGAACAUCAAAGUGCUGUUGGAAGAUACCUAUGUAGCUCAUCAGUUUUAGAUAAUGAUGAACUAGUUUCGUUCUUAUCAGCUCAUUAUCCUUCUCUACCCGUCCCAAAAAGGUUUGAGCAACUAAACAGACCAUUUUAUGAUUUUAACACAUCAAAAUUGAAGAGCUUAGGAUUUGAGUUCAAGUCCAUAAAGAAAAUGUUUGAUGAUUGUAUUGGAUCACUCGUAGAACAGGGCCAUCUUUCUUCACUCAACCCUGUCUAGCUAGCUCUAGCUUCAACAAAUUUGAAUCUGCUAUUUUUAUAUAUGUAUGUAGAUACUAACUAAAUAAAAAUCUUUUAAAUAUAGGAAAUCAAGGGAUUGAUAUAAAUUAUAAUAAUAAUAAUAAUUGUUAA